AUGGCGCUUAGUAGUACUGAACACACUGCUGUCGCCAACGGUGCCUCUAAGACAUUCGGCAAUGGAACCAGUAACGGCACCGCGAAACGCACUCUUAAACUCGGUGUUGUGGGUAUUGGAAGAAUGGGUCAACAACAUGCCCUCAAUAUCUUGUACCGAGUGCCCAAUGCCAAACUCAUCUGUGCUUGUUCCCCUGCUCCACAAGACCUCGUCUGGGCGGAGACCAACCUCAUCCCUCAUGGCGUCGCUGUUUAUUCCAUGUUCGAAGAGAUGAUUGACACUCCGGGGCUGGAUGCUGUGAUCAUUUCAUCUAGCAACAACCUCCACUAUGAGCAUUCGAAGCCGUGUCUGCAGCGCGGAAUUCACGUCCUGUGCGAGAAGCCCAUCUCUCAGUCCGUGGAAGAGAUUGAGGAUCUUAUCACGGUAGCCAAGGAGUCGAACACCAAAAUUAUGUGUGGUUUCACUCGCAGAUUUCAUGAAGACUAUCUGGAAGCGGUACGCAAGAUCAAGGAAGGUGCCAUUGGCUCCCCUGUUGUGAUAAGGUCCCAGGGGUGCGAGAAACUCGACCACUCUGAGGCCAACCGCACGUACCUCCUUGGUGCUGGCAAAGUAUCUGGCUUCUUCCUCGACUCGUUCAUUCACGACAUCGAUCUUUCUCUUGCGUUCCUAGAAGCGGACGGGCAAAUUCCCAUCCCUCGGACGGUAUGCGCUUUCGGCACUUCAGCCCAUUUCAAGGAGCUGGAUAAGCUCGGAGAUGCCGACAAUGCUGUCGGAAUGAUCCAGUUCUGGGGUGGACAAAUUUCCUUCCACUAUAACUCACGCACAGCCGCCGCUGGCUACGACAACCAGACCGAGAUUUUUGGCACGCAGGGUAAGAUCUCGGUCAAUUUGGUAUCUAAGCGCGACAGAGUUGAAAUCUCAGACAACAACGGUAUUCAUAUCACGGCGCUUCCCAGCUGGGCCGAUCGCUAUAAGCCAAGCUUUGUGGAAGAGGUGAUCCAGUUUACGGAUGCGAUUCUAGAAGGAAGAUCGCUGCCAGUUCCCAUGCAGUCUUGCGUCACAAGCUUGAGCAUCGCAAAGGCUCUCCAGGACAGUCUUAGGUCGGGGAAGAAGAUCGAGUUUGAUGAAAAUGGGCGGCGACUAUUAUAA